CAACCGCCACCGAGUAAACAUUAAAAGAAGACGCAGAUGACUCUUUUGAUGUCGCUGAAAAUUACACAAAAGCCAAAUGGGUGCAUUUUACUGUGCGAUCUGCAGGAAAACUGAUUUUUCUGGAAAAGGACACAUAUUUGGGAAAAGCCACCAGAGUAAACUUAAAGUCGUGAUUGUUAAAUUCUUGGAGAAGGUUAAAGAAGCACGGCGUAACAUUAAAAAUCCUCACGUGGAGAAAAACAGUCCCGAUCAUGAUGCUCAAUUCUGGUGUUAUUGUUGCGGGCUGGAGGUGCAGAAACACGUGACUGACAGUAACAUCACUGUUCUGCACGCUGGACUGCUGGAGCACAUGAGCACCCCAGAACACCGGAUAAACACACACAAGUUCUGGUGGGAGAAUAAAGCAGACCCAAAACUGAGAGACAAGUUCAUUAUAACAGAAGAGGAAACUGAGAGAUUUAAGUCUGAGGUUGCCAAGGCUCUUGAACAGUAUGAGGAUAAAGAGGAUGUGUUUAUUAAAGAGCAAGCUGCCGUCAUUCGAUCUCAGGAACAUCACAGACUGGAAGUCCUUCAGUCAUUAACAGAGCCUGAUCCAGCACUUGUACAGCCUGCUGAACUGGGCCACCAAGACAACAUGAAACACGCGGCCAGUUCCUACAGUUGCUCUUAUGAUAUGGAGCCACGGCCAGGGCCAAGUCACGAGGAUCUUCCCUCACACGGUCGACGGGGUGAAGCAGGACUUGGCUUAACCUUCAUUGGUUAUCAGCAUUCUUCCAGCCAUGGCAAUGUUCACACAGGAGCUGUACCGCCGUGGCUGCAGGAGGAACCGGAUGAAGCCUCAGGAAGCGGCCAGAAGGAAAUCGGCCCUUCGGUUCAACAGUUUCUUAAACACAAGGAACAGGAGAAACUCAAAAAACUUCCACCUAAUCGCGUGGGGGCGAACUUUGAUCACAGCUCGCAUACUGAUGCCAACUGGCUGCCAUCUUUUGGGCGCGUGUGGAAUAGCGGCAGGCGCUGGCAGUCUAGGCAUCAGUUCAGAGAAGAGGCAAACAACAAAAGAAAAAGAAAGGGGAGAGAUGAAGGAAAAGCAACAAAGAAACAGAAAGAACUUAGCAAUGGAGAUAUAUGAAACUCAUGUCCUAGCGAUCUUUUUGUGGAUAAGAUUUUUUCUUUGCGUCUUAGACAGCAUGUUACUGUGUAUUUACUAAAGGAGAUAUAUAAUAGCUUUCUCUUCUUUUUGUCUAAGAAAGUAUGUUACUUGUCUCAUAUUGAGAAUCACUGGAAAGCAGAGAAUUGCUGUGUAAAGACAGCAACAUAGUUACAUUUUAAUUUGGCACCAAUGUUAGUUUGAGCGUUUAAGUGUUACUUUCGGACAAAUAAAUGCAC